AUGACUACCAUGAACGCUGUGGCUGAGGCAGUGCGUGAGGCUGCAGUAGUAGCGGCUAGGGCUGUUGAUCGUCUUGGAGUGAGAAACCAGAAUGAGAAUGAGCAUGGGGAAGAUAGUGGAAAUGAUGAGAAUAACUUAGGGCAUCUCGAAAGACCUAUGAGCCUUGCGACUUUUCUGAAAGUUAAACCGCCUAAGUUUAAAGGUACAGUUGUUGCGACUGAUGUUGACAAUUGGUUUCGAGCUAUCGAACGAUCACUGCGAGCACAGCAUGUUCCGGAAGGCCAGCACGUGGAGUUUGCUACUUAUAUGCUGGAAGGAGAAGCUGAGCAUUGGUGGCAGGGGAUACAACGACUGUUGCAACAAGAAGAAGGCGAUAUUCCAUGGAAUACUUUUAAGGAUGAAUUUUAUAAGAAGUAUUUUCCGAGGGCAGCUCGUGACGCUAAGGAGAUGGAACUUAUGCAGCUGAAGCAGGGUAACACAACUGUUGCAGAAUAUGCCCAUAAGUUUGAUGACUUGUGCCGUUUCUCCAAGAUCUGCCAAGGGAAUCCUGCUGACUUUGAAGAAUGGAAGUGUUUGAAGUUCGAAGGGGGCCUUCGUGAGGAUCUGAUGAGUUCAGUAGUCCCAUUGGAGAUACGAGAUUUUGCUGAGCUGGUUAAUACGUGUAAGUUAGUGGAAGAAUGUGCUAAGAAGGUAAUUGCCUCUAAAGCAAGUCGUCAAGGAUUUCCACCAAGGAACUACAAUAGCUAUAAUUGGCAACCACAAAGGACAAACUUCAAGACACCUGGUGUGCCACAGUGA